GGCGCUCAUGAACUUCUGCGCCGAUGACAGCAUCUCUGCAGCUAGUACAUCUGACGUCCAGGACCGCCUUUCGGCUCUUGAACUGAGAGUUCAACAACAAGAAGACGAAAUCACAGUGCUGAAAGCAGCCCUGGCUGAUGUAUUGAGACGUCUAGCCAUUUCGGAAGAUCAUGUUGCAUCUGUGAGAAAAUCGGCGCCCAGUAAAGGUCAGCCAGGCCUCCGUGAAGCCAUCUCCAUGUCGUGCAUCACCAAUGGAAGUACAGGAAACAGGAAAACUAGCCAUAGUCCUGCUGUACCAAUAGCCAGGAAAGAAACACUCUCAUCUGCUGCUAAAAGCGGUUCAGAAAAAAAGAAGGAAAAACUUCAAGGACAGAGAGAGAAAAAAGAGGAUUCUCACUCUAAUGAUCAAAACCCACAAAUUCAAGCAUCACCUUCACCUUCUCCCCAGCCCUCUGCACAGACUCUCCCAACACACAGACAGACCCCAGAAGUCAAGAGCUCUGCUCCAGGCAAAAGCGUAAAGAGAGCCUCAACUGUUGAAAAAUCACAUGGCUCGUGGGAAAGUUCAGAAGAUAGUCGCAAUAAACUAAUGAGGGCAGCUUCAGCAUCCAAACUGAUACCCAAAGGUGGCAAGAAUGCAGACAAGCACAAAGAUGUCAUUGUCAGCCAAGCAAAAAUGUCAACCCGAGAAAAGAACAGCCAAGAGGGAGAAUACAUCAAGAUGUUCAUGAGAGGACGACCAAUCACAAUGUUUCUUCCUUCAGAUGUAGACAAAUAUUAUGAAAUUAAGACAGAGCUGCCUCCUGAGAAAUUAAAACUGGAGUGGGUAUACGGUUAUCGUGGAAGGGACUGUCGAGCCAAUGUUUACCUCCUGCCUACUGGAGAAAUAGUCUAUUUCAUUGCAUCUAUUGUAGUAUUGUUCAACUAUGAAGAGCGGACUCAGCGGCACUACUUGGGACAUACAGAUUGCGUUAAAUGUCUUGCUGUUCAUCCCGACAAAAUUAGGAUCGCUACUGGACAGCUGGCAGGAGUGGAUAAAGAUGGAAGACUUCUACAUCCCCAUGUAAGAGUUUGGGAUUCGGUGAGCCUGAUGACCCUGCAAGUUAUUGGCCUCGGGACUUUUGAGCGUGGAGUCGGGUGUCUGGAUUUCUCAAAGGCAGAUUCAGGUAUGCAUUUGUGUGUGAUAGACGAUUCAAAUGAGCACAUGCUGACUGUCUGGGAUUGGCAGAAGAAAUCAAAAGUAGCUGAAAUAAAGACUACAAACGAAGUUGUGCUUGCAGUAGCAUUCCAUCCAACAGAUAAAGACACAAUUAUAACAUCAGGAAAAUCUCAUAUCUUUUUCUGGACUUGGAAUGGCAAUUCUUUAGCAAGAAAGCAAGGAAUAUUUGGGAAAUAUGAGAAGCCCAAAUUUGUUCAGUGCUUAGCAUUUUUGGGAAAUGGAGAAGUUCUCACUGGUGACUCAGGUGGGAUAUUGCUUAUAUGGAGCAGAACUACUGUAGAAACCACACCAGGGAAAGGAUCCAAAGGUGUGUAUCAAAUAAGCAGGCAAAUCAAAGCUCACGACGGCAGCGUGUUCACCCUGUGUCAAAUGAGGAAUGGCAUGUUGCUGACCGGAGGUGGAAAAGACAGAAAAAUAAUUUUGUGGGAUCAUGAUUUGAACCCUGAAAGGGAAAUAGAGGUUCCAGAUCAGUAUGGAACAAUCAGAGCAGUGGCAGAAGGCAAAGCAGAUCAAGUUCUCAUUGGCACAUCGCGGAACUUUAUUUUGCGGGGUACAUUUAAUGACGGUUUUCGAGUGGAAGUGCAGGGUCACACAGAUGAACUCUGGGGCUUGGGAACACAUCCCUUCAAAGACCUAUUCUUAACAUGUGCUCAAGAUCGACAAGUUUGUAUGUGGAACUCGGUGGACCACACACUAGAAUGGACCAGGCUGCUAGAUGAACCAGGGCAUUGUGCAGACUUCCAUCCAAGUGGAACUGUGGUAGCAAUAGGAACACACUCAGGAAGAUGGUUUGUUCUGGAUGCUGAAACAAGAGAUUUGGUUUCAAUACAUACAGAUGGCAAUGAGCAGCUGUCAGUGAUGCGCUACACAGUAGAUGGCACCUUCCUUGCAGUGGGAUCCCAUGACAACUUCAUUUACCUCUAUAUAGUGACAGACAAUGGAAGGAAGUAUAGCAGAUAUGGAAAGUGCACUGGACAUUCCAGCUAUAUUACACACCUUGACUGGUCCCCAGAGAAUAAAUUCAUAAUGUCAAACUCGGGAGACUAUGAAAUACUAUACUGGAACAUUCCAGAUGGCUGUAAACUAAUCAGGAAUCGUUCUGAUUGUAAGGAUGUAGAUUGGGUCACAUACACUUGUGUGCUGGGCUUCCAAGUAUUUGGAGUGUGGCCUGAAGGAUCAGAUGGAACCGAUAUCAAUGCUCUUGUCAGAUCUCAUAACAGGAAGGUGAUAGCAGUUGCUGAUGACUUUUGUAAAGUCCAUCUAUUUCAGUAUCCCUGCUCCAAGGCAAAGGCCCCAAGUCAUAAAUACAGCGCCCAUAGUAGCCAUGUGACAAAUGUGAGCUUCACUCAUAAUGAUAGUCACUUGAUUUCAACUGGAGGCAAAGAUAUGAGUAUCAUCCAGUGGAGACUUGUGGAGAAAGUAACUUUGCCACAGAAUGAUAUUAUGGUAGACAUCGGCACAACAAAAGUGUCAGUAAAUCCCAGUGAAAGCUUUGUACAGCCAAGCACCCCCCUUCCCCUUGCUCAGCCACUUGAUGAAACAGUAAUUCAUGAAAGUGCAGUGGAUGCCUUCCCAGUAUCUUCGGAAGAUAAUCUGGAGCAGACUGUAGAAGCUAAUGAGGAGCAAAGCGAGGAGCAGAGCGAAGGGAGCAGUCUGGAUCCAGGUGAGCCAAACUGUGAAGAUCCAUCCAAUGAAACGAGCGAGGAGCAGAGCGAAUCCACUAUUACCGAAGACCAGCCUGAAAACUCUCCAGUGUCUUAAGAGCUCAGAAUCAAGAUGGUCUUUUAUAUA